AUGGGUCAUCUCACUACGGUGGCUGCUUGCAGCCUGAAUCAGUGGGCUCUAGACUGGGAAGGCAACACGAAGCGCAUUAUCGAAUCCAUCAAAAUCGCGAAGAAAGCCGGAGCGAAGCUGCGUGUCGGUGGGGAGCUCGAGAUUACCGGCUACGACUGUUUGGACCAUUUCCUUGAGAACGAAACGUAUCUCUUCUCAUGGGAGAUGUUGGCCCGUAUCCUUGAUGACAAAGAAUGUUAUGGUUGCCUUCUUGACAUAGGAGCCCCAGUGAUGCAUAGAAAUUUGAGACUAAAUUGCAGGAUCCUUGCCCUUGAUGGCAAGAUUCUGCUCAUUCGACCCAAGUUGUGGCUGGCAAAUGACGGUAAUUAUCGGGAGAUGCGAUAUUUCACCCCUUGGCGCCAGGGCCUCUGCGAAGACUUCAUUCUGCCCCGAUCAAUGCAACGCCGUCAAGGGGCUGUGCGGGUGCCCAUAGGUGAUAUGAUUUUAUCCACUGCAGAUACGUGCAUCGGUGCCGAAACGUGUGAGGAACUGUUCACGCCUGACGGACCUCAUAUACAUAUGGGUUUGCAGGGCGUUGAGAUCUUCACGAAUAGCUCUGCCUCUCACCAUGAGCUGAGGAAGCUUGACAAGCGUCUAGCUUUGAUCCUAGAGGCUACACGAAAAAGCGGUGGAAUCUAUAUCUACGCAAAUUUGAAAGGCGGUGGUGGUGAUCGGCUGUACUAUGAUGGCUCUAGCAUGAUCGUGUGCAAUGGGACCGUCAAAGCCCAGGGGUCCCAAUUCUCUUUAGACGAUGUUGAGGUCGUUACGGCAACCGUGGACUUAGAGGAAGUCCGAGCUUAUCGCUGUAGCGCAAGCCGUGGUUUGCAGGCUGUCAGGCCGACGGAGCAGUAUCGUCGGAUCGAUGUCACCGCAUACAGUAUGUCACCAGAAAGCGAUGACUUCAACGCCAAAAUUAGUCCUUCAUGCCCGAUCAAGAUUCAUGCCCCAGAAGAAGAGAUCGCGCUGGGUCCAGCGUUAUGGUUAUGGGACUAUCUACGCCGCUCUUCUCUCGCUGGCUUUCUACUCCCACUCAGUGGAGGCAUUGAUUCAUGCGCCACGGCCGUCAUUGUCAGCUCAAUGUCUCGCCUGCUGAUCGACGCGAUCCGGAAUGGCAACGCACAAGUCAUCAGCGACGUCCAACGAAUCGCAGGUGCCUAUGAGAAGGAGGACUGGCUUCCACAAAGCGCCGAGGCCCUAACGAGGAACUUGUUCCACACGCUUUACUUAGGCAUGGCCACGCAGUCAUCGAAGGAAACGAGAAGCAGGGCUAAGGAAUUGUCGAAAGCAAUUGGCUCGUAUCAUACCGAUCUUGACAUCGACGAUGUCUUCAAUGCGCAGAAGAACAUCUUCACAAAGGCGACAGGCUUUGAGCCGAAAUUCAAGGUUCAUGGGGGAUCGAUGGCGGAGAAUUUGGCACUGCAAAACAUCCAGGCAAGGAGUAGAAUGGUGACGGCAUAUGAAUUUAGUCAACUGCUUCCUACAAUUCGAGAACGAAAAGGAGGGGGUAGUUGCCUCGUCCUCGGUUCAGCAAAUGCGGACGAGGCUCUUCGAGGAUAUUAUACGCGCUACGACUGCUCUUCCGCUGACGUGAACCCAAUCGGAGGAAUUAGUAAAACUGAUCUUAAAAGAUUCAUUGCCUGGGCGUGUACGAAUUUCGAUCUUCCCAUUCUCAAGGAUUUCCUUGCCGCAACACCAACAGCAGAGUUGGAGCCUCUGGAAGGCGGUUACGUACAGUCUGACGAAGCAGAUAUGGGAUUACUUUAUUCGGAUUUGCAAGUAAUGGGAUCGCUUCGCAAAAUUGAGAAGAUGGGACCCUUUUCAAUGUUUCAGAGACUUGUGCGUGAAUGGACACGCGAUAAGGGCAUGACGCCGCGCGAAGUGGCGACGAAAGUCAAGCGCUUCUUCCAUUACUACGCCGUGAAUCGCCAUAAAAUGAGCACACUGACACCUUCUUAUCACGCCGAAAGCUAUGGGCCCGAAGACCACCGACACGAUCAAAGAUUCCUCGUCUAUCCUCCGCUGUACGAUAGCUUGCCCGCGAAAAAGAUCGACGCCGCGGUCGAAAAGAUGGAAGCGGAAUGA